AUGGCCUCUUCCAUGUCCCUCGGAUUCAUGCCGGGUUCGCGCCUCAUCCUCCCUCCGUGCCCCCCAUCUUCCCUCCCCCACCUUAUCGCUCUCCCUCCCUGCUUUUCAUGCUCGAUAUGUGCCCCUCAUCAUCCGUCCAUGCACCUCGUUCUAUUUCCCCCACCACUCAUUCUCCCUCCCUUGCUUUCAUUCUCAGUGGCUGCGCCUCAUCAUCCCUCCCCCACCACCUCAUUCUCCCUUCAUGCUCCUCAUUCCCUUUCCCCCACCCCUUCAAUCUCCCUCCCUGCCUUUCAGUCUCACGUUUGCGCCUCAUCCUCUCACCUGCACCUCAUUCACUUUCCCCCACCCCUCAUUCUCCCUCCCUGCCUUUCAUUCUCACGGUUUACGCCUCAUCUAUCUCACCUGCACCUCAUUCCCUUUCCCCCACCCCUCAUUCUCCCUCCCUGCCUUUCAUUCUCACGGUUUGCGCCUCAUCUAUCUCACCUGCACCUCAUUCCCUUUCCCCCACCCCUCAUUCUCCCUCCCUGCCUUUCAUUCUCACGGUUUACGCCUCAUCUAUCUCACCUGCACCUCAUUCCCUUUCCCCCACCCCUCAUUCUCCCUCCCUGCCUUUCAUUCACACGGUUUGCGCCUCAUCUAUCUCACCUGCACCUCAUUCCCUUUCCCCCACCCCUCAUUCUCCCUCCCUGCCUUUCAUUCUCACAAUUUGCGCCUCAUCUAUCUCACCUGCACCUCAUUCCCUUUCCCCCACCCCUCAUUCUCCCUCACUGCCUUUCAUUCUCACAAUUUGUGCCUCAUCCUCUCACCUUGCUCCUCAUUCCCUUUCCCCCACCCCUCAUUCUCCCUCCCUGCCUUUCAUUCUCACGGUUUGCGCCUCGGAUAUCUCACCUGCACCUCUUUUUCUUUCCCCCAUCCCUCAUUCUCCCUCCCUUCCUUUCAUUCUCGGGGUUUGUGCCUCAUCCUCUCACCUCGCUCCUCAUUCCCUUUCCCCCACCCCCCAAUCUCCCUCCCUGCCUUUCAUGCUCACGGUGUGCGCCUCAUCAUCCAUCCAUGCACCUCAUUCUCUUUCCCCACCCCUCAUUCUCCUUCCCUGCCCCUCAUUCUCUUUUCCCCACUCCUCAUUCUCCUUCCCUGCACCUCAUUCUCUUUCCCCACCCCUCAUUCGCCAAAAUUGGCGCACCGUCCAGCAACAACAAGACAUUUGCGCAGCCCUAA